AUGAAACAAGGCGCGUACAUGAAUGCAGAGACUGACACUCCGGAAGGCGCAGUCGCCGAGGACAACAUGGAGGACAAGGACCCGCCACCGCCCAUGAACUUCAACUAUGGCUACGACAACGCCUUGCCCCGGAGCGAAGCCACUAGCGCCCCCUCCCCCUACGUCCUACUAAACCGCGCCGCCGUCGUCCGCAACGUCGCCACGCCGUUGUCGGUGGUGUUCUUCCUCGAGGACGCGGUGCGCGUCGGGGAGAGCCUGCCCUUCCACAGGAUCCAUCGGGCCGCUGUCGCCACCGAGGCGUCAGCAGAACAACCGCUGGAGCUAUACGCCGUCCGCUUCAUGAGGACGGUCGAGGGGUCCAGUUUCGUCAUGUGCCGGGGAGAAGCCGGCGAAGGGGCCGUGUAUGGCUGCCGCGCCACCGGCCCGGCGAGGGCCUACAUCCUGGCCCUGGACGGCGAGCGCCGGGACGUGGCGAUGACCGCGGUUGCCGUGUGCCGCACCGACGCGCCCCGGUGGGACCCGGAGCAUGCCACCUUCCGGCUCCUCGGCAUGAAGCCCGGCGGCGCGGUGGUCUGCCACGCGGUGCCGGACGCGCAGGUCCUGCCGGCCAUGAACGGGAAGAGCCCUGCCACCAACUAA